AUGCCAUUAAAAGUAUUGUUUGGUGUAACAACAUUCUUCAGGAACCCAACAUCGCUUCUCUGUGGAGAUAGCAAGAUGAAUGAAGUAGAAUAUCCAGUUAAAACAAUCUCUAUGAAAACCUUUUGGCCGCAGCACAUUGUAGUGCUGCUUUUUUGCACCAUAUCUUCUUCAGAAUUACAGGCGAAUGCAGUUAAGUGCGAAUGUCAGGCAGAAGAACGAAACAAAACUAGAGAUCAUCUCCGGUUGAUUACGCGGAUCUCAUCCCUGAAGUUGUUGCCUGGCAUAAGAGAGAUAAUUUAUCAGAAUGGAGCCGAGAAAGCUUAUUUGCUACAUCGUGCCAGCCAUGAAAUCGUACGAGACCUCAGGGCCAAUUACGGGAAUAUGGUGUCGCAAACCGACAUUCCACCCAGCUUCAACGAACUUGUCGGCACUUUGAAAGAGCUUAUUACUGACGAGAAACAAUUGACGUCAGACGAGAUCUAUUCUGUUGUAAAUGGAAGCAUAGAGAAGUUCCACAGUGCGAUUUUGCCGUCAGCGUUUUUAUGCUUUGCUCUUGGCACAUGUAGGACAGCUAAUGCAUUUUACAUGGAUUGCAUGAGAAGCAACGUGCAGCACUGGACAAUCUUUUUCGGCGACGAACCCCAAAAAAUGUCCAAAAAACUUUCGGAUUCAAUACUUGCCUAUCGUAGAAUUGAUAGGAUUCUCCAAUCAUUGCACAACACUUUGUUAACAAGUGAAGAUCAGAUCACAUCUGAUUGUGUGGAACAAUUCACAAAUGUGACCGCAUGCUCAAAAUGUUUGGCUGACGAAGGUGUCGGAUACUGUAGUAGUUCGUGCAAGAGGGUAGCACUAAGAUGCUUUGAGAACUUGUCUCGAAAUUGGGAAGAGAGUAUCGACGAGUUGUACAAGCUCACCAGAAAGUAUGAUGGAGGAUUCCAGCAGCUCGUUCAUGGCAUCGCAACUGGUGUACGAAGAUUGGUAGAGACCAAAGCACCAAAUCUAGCAAAGCAAGUGGUGGAAAAAUGUGGUCCUUUGCUCAAAGAGAACGUUCGCCCAUCAGUUUCGACGCAUGCAAGACCUCAAAAGCCGAAAGAGCUGAAAACGCGGAUGAAAGAUCUUGUUGAACAGUUACAUACUUUGCGGGGCUGUUGGACGCAGAUUGCUGAGCGAACCUGUUCAGGAGCUUCAGAGCAGUCUCCAUGUUGGAAUGGCUCCGACAUUGUCAGAGUACAGUUCGCUGAUGAGUUCAGUGUUGGCACCAAGGAUGUUCGACCUCGGCCUGAGGAGACGUGGUUGGAAUCUUCCGGUCAUCCAUAUGAUACGGACGAUGAAGAUUUUAUCGGCGGUGGCUCUGGGUCGGGCAUGCCGGCCGAAGAAUUGCAUGACGAUGCGGCCGUCUAUACGAUAGCACCUGUGAUCACGUCUCCGGCCACGUCGCCGCCAACGCCGGCCGUGCAAAUCGAGGAUACGACUCGAGUUUUUCCGCAAACACUGCCGUGGACAGUUCUCAUCACGCUGGUGACAGCAUUCAUUCUAGCGCACUGACUAAUAGACCUGCAUGCCUUCGAUUCCCUCUUCACAAAUGCAAUUUAUCCACUUUACUUCAACGUACUCAACGAGAGACUUUCAAACGCGCCUACUCAGUGUCGAUUAUGUAAUGCGCUUGAGAUUCACCAUAGGCCUUAUUUGAGUGUUAUUUGUCGUGCAAGCCUCUUUAAAUUAUGAAGCCGGUUAAUUCGCUGAUUUCUAAGGUAUUCAUUACAAGUAUUAUUUGCAAUGUUUUCAUAUGUCAUCUUCUCUUUCAUCGCUUUCUCUUUCUCAGUACAUAGCGAAAGGAUUGAUGCUGUUAUAAUAACUUACCGGGUGUAAUGAUUCACUUUCAUGCUACGUUUUCCUCGCCAUUGAUUGCCAUUUGUCAUUGAGUAAUAUUGACUCUACUUUACACACUGCAUAUAAUUAUUGUUAAUGAUCAGUUAUUAGAUACUCAAAGUGAUGAAAUUCUAGGUUAUAAUAUUAUGAGUUUAUAUGUAUGAAUGAAGAGCUUGCUCUCGC